UUUAUCCCAUCCAUCAGUUACAAAUACUCAUAGCAACAAAAUUUUCAUGUAACUGCUCCACCUCUCCUUGGUACUUAUCUGACAAAUAUACUUUGAAAAUAAUGGCCCGAGUCGUUUGUGAAGUUCCCGAUGAUCUAGUGCUUGGAGGAGACGGAGGCUGUUGUUUCAACGGUAGCAACAAUUGUAACGGUUAUAAUGGUUGUGAAGGAAUGUGUGAACCGAUGUCAUGUUCCAGUCCCAUGUCGGUGCCAUGUUCCAGUCCCAUGUCGAUGCCAUGUUCUCCUCCAAUGUCGAUGCCAUGCUAUCCAAGUUAUAACUGUUGCUAUCCACCACCGAAAUCGCCUGCUCCACGCCCUAAGUUAAAAACACCAACUUGCAAAUCAGACGUUGAUGUAUAUUGCAGCUAUGGGCGUGCCAAGGCCCAAAAAACUGUGUUCGUUCCAAAAUGUUCUUUGUUUGGUGCGCCUAAGAGUAUAUCUUUUGUGGAAGACAAUUAUCUGCCCUGUCCUCCACCGUUGUCACCAUGGUGCCCAGUGCGCAGUACAUGCUAUAAUUAAAAAAAAGGAGGAUCAUUCAAACAUCACAUGAACAUACAAUACAAUAUUAAAACGUUAACUUUUUCUUAUUUUUUUCUGAUUUUAAAAAUUUCAACAAAUUUCUAAAAUCAUAAAAAAUUAAGAAGUUUUAAUCCAUUCAAUAGAUGUCUCUUUAUUUUGGACUGCAACAAUAAUAAUAAUAAUCAAAUGCAA